AUAGUGAUGGAUCGAGACAUCCUGAAGUUUUUGUGUUUGAAAAACCUCCAUUGAUGUGCACAAAAUGUCACUGUCCAUAUUAUCGCGAUGUCCUGGACGUCACAAGGAGCGAAUAUAAACUUUUUUUGAGUUCUGUUAUUAGCGAGUUCGAGUACAAUUGUAACUUACAGGUGAUUCGUGAAAAAGCUUUAAGGAAGAUUCUGCUUUAGGAAGUCAAAAAAUCGAUUGUUUUCGGGAAUGUUUUUAGGAUAGACCGGAAUAACUCACCAAAGCGAACUUUUGAAUGGAUGUGAGCUCGCUGGUACCAGCGGGACUUCAGCCUGGUUUAGAUCUCUGCGUAGUGCCUGCUGGGUACAAUAAAUUAUCGGAGAAUCUUCGUAAGUUGACGCCAAUUGCGAUACAAUGCGCUAUUUUUUGCGGGGGUUCGAGGUGCAAGUACGAGAAUCCAAAAGCUUGGCGUCCGGUACACAUGGCGAUUCAGGACAUUUUUUCCCACUGGGUGACCGACGAUGUCCUGGCGAUGGCACGACCCAGCACCGCACAACUGAUCAAGAAAAACGUCAUCGAACAGUUCAAGAACUGGAGCAUAAAGACUAUUGUAAAUCUACAGACGCCGGGUGAACAUGCCAGUUGCGGGGGAAAUCUUGAGGAAAGUGGCUUCACUUACGAGCCCAAUCACUUCAUGAAAAACGGAAUUUAUUACUACAAUUUCGCAUGGAAAGAUUACGGAGAUGCUACGAUGAGCAAACUUCUGGACAUGGUCAAGGUCGUGGCUUUUGCAGUGCAAGAAGGUCGUGUGGCAAUCCAUUGUCACGCAGGUCUGGGAAGAACUGGAGUUCUCAUUGCUUGCUACCUCAUUUACAGUCUCAGAGUUAGGGCCAGUGACGCUAUACGUUUUGUGCGCAUGAAGAGGCCAGGUGCGAUACAAACGCGAGGGCAAAUACAAUGCAUCCAAGAAUUCGAACAUUUUAUACUUCCGCAAAUGAUCGUUUACCCAAUGGCCGCGAAUAUCGACAAACGUCAACCCGUCAGUCUUCAAUCUUAUCUCAGGCGACAAUCAAACGCCCUGCACGGCUACGAGCAACGUACAUUCAAACAUAUUCCCAAGAUCGUUUUCGUGAUAUGCGAGAGGAUUCUCAAACUGUGCGACUGUCACGACGACAAUUCUCCUGCAGACAUCAAAUUCCAGCCCGGAAAUAUUCCGUUCACGCGGAAAUUCAUUGCGAACGUUCUGGAAAGGCUCCAUUUGAAGGGGAGCAAUAUGAGGCACUCGUAUUCCUGGGCUGAAUCGCUCUCAGACUCAUCCCUCGAUUGUUCUGGCUCCGUUGCUUCUUCUGCAGCUUCAAAAAUAGGCGCGGAAAGUAAUUCGUCCCGAGAUACUUCCGAGGACAUCCGAAGGCUCGAAGACGUUUUCUGUGCUUCACCCGAAUCGCCUUCCUGCUCGACGAGCUAUCCCGCCCUGGACGACACCUUCGUUGACGAAGUCCUUGGCGACGGAAUCACUGGUCAGGAAAUAUACGAAAACGGUUGUUACAAAGAAAUACAAUCGCAGCUGAACCUCAAAGUUGCUGCACGAAAGAAUCAUUGCGACGUGCUCAACGUUGAAGAGGCCAUCAAAGCAUUGCUAUGCGAUCAUGAAACUUUGCCUGAAGAAUCGAAAAAAAGACUACAAAAAUAUCAGGUCGAUUUGAAUAACAAAUCUUCAACGUGGCAAAGACUCGAUAUGGAACGAGAUCUGCGAGUUUUAUCGGGUUUGCUUUUCGACUGGCUUGAGACUUUAAAAAGGCCAGUUUUGGACGUUGAUGCGUUGAGCCAGAUUGUCAUAAGAGGCUCAAAACCCAGACAUUGUCUUCAAAAAUUGGAAGCCUCAAAUCGAUAUCUUCUAGAAUAUUUACUUCGAUUUGUGUCACGUCUAAGGCCAAUGACAAUGGAUAUGCAGGCUCUGAUUAUUAAAAGAAUCACUGCUUCCCUCACUCACCAGAGAGUUUGGAUCAAAAAUACCCUCUUGCCAUCAGGCAAGGAUGACUUCCAAAAACUUCGAAACGGUACGGCUGGUAAGAUCAGAGAUUUUUUCACUCUCCUGAUGAGUCUGAUCGAAGAGAUAAACACGCAAGAUCUCGAUGAAUCUUGGCCCAGAUCGCGAUGGGAAGUCGCGCAUCGCUUGCGCGAGCUCGAAGUUACCGCGGAAAAAGAAUAGAGUUUCAGAUUUUAUUUUUCGCUUCGAAACUGUAAAAACAAAUGUUCAUUCGUUAUUUUAUCGAAAUUAUGUAAAAAAUCAAUCAGUAUAACGAAGUUUAUAAUAGAGUACUGUGAAAUUUGAACGAGUCAUAUAUAUUGUAAUAAAUCUUCACCCAUUAUAUAAAUACAUGAAAUUUUAUU